CUCGCCACACUGGACUAAACUGAGCCCUACUUUAGAGCUUCAACCAUUUUUUCCCAACAAAACCCCAACCAAACCCCAAAUGCGAUCCAAUCACCGCCCGGUCAUCCUCCUCCUCCUCUCCCCCCUCCUCUUCUCCCUCACCACCGCCCUCGGCUUCAACUGGGGGACCUCGUCAUCCCACCCUCUCCCCCCUUCAAAGGUGGUGACCGGACUCCUGCGAGCCAACAACAUCACCAAGGUCAAGCUCGCCGACGCCAAUGCCGAUGUGCUCGAGAGCUUGUCGGGGACUGGAAUCAGCGUGAUCGUCGGGGUCCCUAAUGAGAUGCUCGAAACCCUAAACUCGUCGAAGAAGGCGGCGGAGAGCUGGGUUCAUGAUAAUGUGACCAGAUACUUCUCGGGCGGUGGGGUCGGCAGCGGAGUCCGAAUCGAGUAUAUUGCAAUAGGUGAUGAGCCGUUUCUUCUCAGCUACGGGCAGCAGUUUCAGCCCUUUGUAAUUGGCGCUGCAAUGAACAUUCAGCUUGCCCUCAUCACAGCCAAAUUAACAAACAAGAUCAAAGUUAUCGUCCCUUGCAGUUUUGAUGUGUUCGAAUACAACUCCACCAAUGUGCUCAACUCCAACUCUACUGUCAACAGCUCUUCUACAAUUCCACUCCCUUCAAAGGCUCAUUUCAGAAACGAUCUCAACAAAACCAUUACCGAACUACUCUUUUUCCUUAAAAAGCAAGGUUCUCCCUUCGUUGUUGACUUUAAUCCCUUUUCCAGUUUUCAGCAAAGCAAGAACCUCUCCAUUGAUUACUUCCUUUUUCACCCGAAGGCACGUGCAAUCACUGAUGGCCAUAACAAAUAUAAUAACUUCUUCGAUGCAAGCAUAGACACUAUGGUCACAUCUCUAUCAAAGACUGGAUUCGGUGAAAUGGAAAUUAUAAUCGGGAGAAUUGGAUGGCCAACUGAUGGUGCAAUUAAUGCAACUACUGCCAUUGCUGAGAAAUUUAUGAAAGGUCUCGUUGAUCAUUUACACAGCAAAGAUAUAAAGAAGCAUCCUCUUGAAACCUACAUCUUCAGUCUUUUAGAUGAAGACCAACGUAGCAUAACCACUGGAAACAUCGAGAGACACUGGGGACUCUUCACCUUUGAUGGCCAAGCUAAGUACAACGUAGACUUAGGCCAAGGCUCAAAGGAAUUAGUUAAUGCUCACAAUGUGGAUUACCUUCCCUCAAAGUGGUGCGUUGUGAACAAUAACAAGGAUUUAUCAAACGUUUCUGCGAGUUUUAUGGAUGCAUGUUCAAAUGCUGAUUGUACUGCUUUAUCACCAGGGGGUUCUUGUGCUGGCGUUGGUUGGCCUGGGAAUAUUUCAUAUGCUUUUAAUAGUUAUUAUCAGCAACAUGAUCAGAGGGGCGAUAGUUGUGAUUUCGGUGGUUUGGGUUUGAUUACUACCGUUGAUCCAUCGAUUGGGAACUGUAGAUAUGCGAUUACUUUACGAACAUCUUUCGCACCUGAUAAAGAUGGGAGAUUAGUACGGUGGACUAUGGUUUUGAGUGUUAGUACUUUUCUUGCUUUUACUUGGUUUUGACUUCUUGAUGUAUUCUGAGUUGCAUGUUGAGCAUAUGUUGAAGAUCAAAACUAUGGCGAGAGAUUCUAAUUUUGUUGUAAUGAUCAGAAAGGGAUUAACUGGGCUCUUUGUAUAUUCAUUUUCAUUGUCUUUAUCUUGGACAAGCACAUGGUCAUUCUUUGAUGAAGAGGCAACUGUUGUAUAAAGAGCAUGAGAUGUGUGUAAUGUGA